AAUCUAAUGGACGGGAAGUUUCUUCAACAACCACAACUGCGACCUCGAUAGCUUUGCUAGCCAACGUAGCGGAACAUUUGAGCUCUUUGUACGUUUUUGGUUAUUAUUAGCCACUGUUUUAAACACACGUCUGUCGUAUCUACUAGUUACCCCUUUUAAUAUCACAUUUACGUUGGUGUUGGUCAGCUAGCUGUCUGGUUAAGGUAGCAGUAGCUAUAGGUUAUUCGCUAAUGCUAACUAGCUAACAUCCCCGACCAUGAGUUCAAAAAGCUACCACCCCUCUGCUGAAGAAGAUGACUGCUGGACCGAGAGAGAAGCUAUUGUGAAAGAGGAGAAGGAAGAAGAGGCUGUCACAGUUAAACAAGAAGUAGAGGAUGAGGCUGUUACGGUGAAGGAAGAGGGGGAAGAUAAACAAGAGGGUGCAGUUUGUACAGUGAAAGAGGAGACGACUGCCACGGUGAAAGAAGAGGAAGACGUUUUUGGAGUGAAGGAGGAGGGGGAGAUCACUGUCACACUGGAGGAGGAAGAAGAGGAGAAUGGAGAUCUGAUUAACACCAGAGAGAGACCAGACUCAGAGGAACCAGAGACGUCUGAACCAGCAAGACGACACCACUGCUCCCAGUGUGGAAAAAGUUUUACCCAAUUACGGACACUGAAGGUGCAUGGAAGAAUACACACUGGAGAGAGGCCCUACCAAUGUUCCCAAUGUGGAAAGAGUUUUGCCCUGUUAGAGAGCCUGAAAAUACAUAAUAGAAUACACACAGGAGAGAAGCCUUACCAAUGCUCCCAGUGUGGAAAGAGAUUUUCACAGUUAAGUUGCCUGAAAUCACAUGAGAUAAUACACACAGGAGAUAAGCCUCACAAAUGCCCUCAAUGUGGUAAUACUUUUAAGCGGUUAAGUAACCUGAAGGACCAUAAAAGAGUACACACAGGAGAAAAGCCUUACCACUGUAUCCAUUGUGAAGAGCGUUUUAGCUGGUCAAGGCAACUGAAAGCGCAUGAGAGAACACACACCGGAGAGAAGCCCUACCAAUGUUCCCAGUGUGGAAAGAGAUUUACCCAGCUAGGGAGCCUGAAAAUACAUAAUAGAAUACACACAGGAGAAAAGCCUUACCAAUGCUCCCAGUGUGGAAAGAGAUGUAAACGGUUAAGUUGCCUGAAAUCACAUGAGAUAAUACACACCGGAGAUAAGCCUCACAAAUGCCCUCUAUGUAGUAGUACUUUUAAGCGGCUAAGUAACCUGAAGGAACAUGAAAGAGUGCACACAGGGGAAAAGCCUUACCACUGUUUCCAAUGUGAAAAGAGUUUCAGCACGUUAAGGCAACAAAAAGAGCAUGAGAGAACACACACCGGAGAGAAGCCCUACCAAUGCUCCCAGUGUGGAAGGCGUUUUAACCGCUUAAGUAACCUGAAAUCACAUGAGUGGACACACAGGAGAGAAGCCACAUCACUGAUCUGUGUGGAAAUAGUUUAACCUCAUCAGGCUUCCUCAAGAUUCAUGAGCAAAGCCUUUCCCCUGCUCC